UUCACAGCGUUACUCUCAAAUGUUUUUCAUAGGCCUACAAAUUCCAGCACACCUCCUUCCAACUAUUGCAUCAGCCGGAGAUUCUGACGGAGACGACGAUUACACACUAGCUCUGCCAUCCGACCUUACUGCCUCCCACGCAGCUGGGCCUUCGUUGCCCUCAAAGAGCGAAUCGAAUACUUAUACACCGCCUCUAAAACGACACUACCCUCAACCACUUCCUACAGCUUACACUUCACAAAUAGAAGGAACGUCAGGCGUGCAAGAGUUCUUGGAGAGGGAGGAAAGGAGAAGGAAACUUGAGAAAGAGGCAAACAAGUUGAAGAAGCUUCAGCGGGAAGAGUGGAUGCUUGUACUUCCAAAAAGUGGCGACUUAUUGGCAUGCCUCGUCAGUUCGCACGUAGCGCUCCACUUCCCUUUGGACCGAGAUGCCAGCGGAAAGACAGCAACGUCUUGCUACGAAGUUGCUGGACGGAAACGACGUGCGGCAAAUACACCAGAGGACUCGCGUGCCACAGCAAAGCGAAGGCGACGGGUUGAAGAUAUUUCAGAGGAGUUGAGGGGCACAAAAGUCACGUCUAGAACGGAAAAGGAGGGAAAGAAGCACAAGCAGAGUGUGAACCCUCCGUUUCCUGGGAAUGAUAUUUCUCUAGGCGGACGGCCUAUGGACGAUCAACGGAGGCAGAAGAUGCUUCGGGAUGCCAAAGGACUUCCAGAGCGUUUCGGUAGUGGGUGCAGUGGAAAUUUUAUACGCUGGAACCUCAUCGAGUCUUUGUCGCGGACCGUUGCAUCUCCGCUCGCUCUUGCUAUGAAGACAUCUGCAAUCUCGUCUGGUACAAUCGUUGCAUCAAAAUCAUCAACCCGAGUGUCGGAGCAAUGCGCUGUUGGGUUCCAGGCGAGGGUUCGAGAAGCUGAGCCCAGAUGCAUGAUGCUACCAUCAUUCGGGCAUCUCAAACUUCUUCCCCAUUGCAGGCUCUGCCGUGUGGUCGGAUUAUUUAUGUAA